AGUCUGCCGCCCCCCUCCACGGAGCGCGUCCGGCUGCGGUGGGGGGGGCUGACCCCAAUGGGGUGGGCGUGACCCCCAUAGGGGGGUGUCUGUGACCCCAAUGGGGGGGGGAGGGUGACUCCAAUGAGGUAUCUGUGACCCCAGUGGGGGGGUAUCUGUGACCACCUCUGGAAUAUCUGUCCCCCCCGAGGGCUUCUGUGACCCACGGGGAGGGGUAUCUGUGACCCCAGUGAGGGGGCACGUGAUCCCGAUUGAGCAUCUGUGACCCCAAUGGGGCAUCUGUGUGUCCCCCCGGGGCAUCUGUGAGCCCCAAGGUGGGGGGGUGACCCCAAUAGGGGGGUAUCUGUGACCCCCCCCGGGACAUCUGUAACCCCCAAGGUGGGGGGUUGACCCCAAUGGGGAAUCUGUGACCUAUGAUGGGGUGUAUCUGUGAACCCCCCGGGGUAUCUGUCCCUCUGGGGCCUUCUGUGACCCAUGGGGGGGGUAUCUGUGACUCGUGGUGGGUACGUAAAUCCCGUGGGGUAUCUAUGACCCCAAUGGAGGGGUACCUGUGUGUCCCCCCCCGGGGGCAUCUCUUACCCACUGGGGUUUCCCCCCCCCCAGGGCCCUUCAUGGACACCCUGCAGCAUUGGGAGGGGUUGGAUCCUGCCCCUCACGCUGAUGUCAGGGUGUGGGGUCCCCCCCCCCACUCCCCCCCCUGCCACGGGAGGGAAAGAAAAAACAUCCACGAGUGGAUUUUGGCAGGCGCUGGUCCCAUCACGGCGCCGGGAAGCCGGAUCCUGGCUCCACGCAGGGCUGCGGGGGGGGGGGGGGGAUGGGUUGGGUUUGGUGGGGGGGUGUGGGGGUGUGUCGGGGGGGGGGUGUGGGUGUGUGUGUGUGAACCCCAUCCCCUCUGUGCCCCGUGGGUGCUGCCCGACCCGCCGUGCCCCGCGCCGGGCGGCAUCCCGUGAUCGGCGAUCGGCGGCCAAGGGUUGUGCCGCACCGCGACCUUUGAGAUGAGCCGCGCUCGCCCCGCGGCACCCGGCACCUGGCACCCCCCGAGAGCCAUGGUGGCCACAUGGGCGCUGCUGGUAGCCCUGGCCUGGCCGACGGCCACCGCGCCGGCACAGAACUCGCUGCUCAACAUCUGCAUGGACGCCAAGCACCACAAAACGGAGCCCGGCCCUGAGGGGCAGCUCUACGGGCAGUGUGCCCUCUGGAAGGAGAACGCCUGCUGCACCGCCAACACCAGUAUGGAAGCCCACCAGGACCAGUCCUACCUGUACGGCUUCAACUGGGACCACUGCGGGGCCAUGCCGGAGAAGUGCAAGCGUCACUUCAUCCAGGACACGUGUCUCUACGAGUGCUCCCCCAACCUGGGGCCCUGGAUUGACCAGGCAGACACCAGCUGGCGUAAGGAGCGGAUCCUGAACGUGCCGCUGUGCCGGGAGGACUGCGAGCAGUGGUGGGAGGAUUGCCAGGACGCCGUCACCUGCAAGGUCAACUGGCACAAGGGCUGGAACUGGACCACAGGCACCAACCAGUGUCCCCAGGGCGCCCUGUGCCAGAAGUUCAAGUUCGUUUUCCCCACGCCGGCUGCCCUCUGCGAGCAGAUCUGGUCCCACUCCUACCGCUACACCCCGCACCACCGCGGCAGCGGCCGCUGCAUCCAGAUGUGGUUCGACCCCGCGCAGGGGAACCCCAACAUCGCCGUGGCGCGCUACUACGCCCACGCCGCCGGCCCCCCCGGCCCCCCACUCCCCGUCCUGCUGGCCCUGCUGCCCCCCACCCUCCUGGCCCUGCUCUGAGCAGGGGAGCUGCAGAGGGGAUGGGCAAAGUGGGGAGAAAAAAGGGGGGGGAUCCGGGCUCUGCCCCAUGGGACACCCCCAAACUGCACCAUCCGCUCCGUGCCCCCCCCUCAGUAUGUGGCUGGUGAAUAAAUGCUCCUGCCCUG